UUUUUUUUCAAUUUCCUUUUUCUUUUCUUGUUUUGAUUUUGACUCUCCCUCACGUGCCCAAGUUUCUCUCUUAUUAUUUUGCCUCUUCAGUUUUUUCUGUUUUACACGACAGGGCCAAACAGAAAAAAAAAAAAAAGGACACACAAAGGAUCAGAGAAAAGUUAAACUGGUUUAGAUCAUUUGCCUAUUCUUCGUGUAAGAUCUAGAAAUGAUGAACUGGAAAACGGCUCAAUCCAAUGGGCAAAACCAAAUGCCUGGUAGUGGAGAAAUGUCACGUAAAGUGACUAAAAAGGAUGCCGAAACAUAUCUGAAACAAGUCAAGGAGAUGUUUAAGGAUCAAAAAGACAAGUACAACAUGCUCCUUCAUGUCAUGAGAGAUUUCAGUAUUCAAAGGACUGACGUAAUUGGUGUGGUUGAGCGAGUGAAAGAGAUAUUCAAAGGCCAUAACAACUUGAUUCAAGGAUUUAAUAUUUUUCUGCCAAAGAGAUAUAAAAUUACAGUCGACGAGGACAGGCCUUCUCCGAGAAUGAUUGCUGCACAUAGUGAAGCAAUCUAUUUUGUAAACAAAAUACAUAAACGUGAUAAGAAUGUUUAUACAUCAUUUCUGGAUGUAUUGAAUAAGUACCGGACGGGGCACACGGACAUAAUUAAUGUCCUUACCAAGGUUGCUUCUCUUUUUGAGGACCAUCCAGAUCUGCUUGAGGAGUUCAUAAGUUUUUUACCAGGGUAGGGUUUAGGAACACAACAAGCUCCAACCAAAGCCUUAUAAUAACUACAUAUUCUGUCUUUUCUAAGCUUUAAUAGUUGACUGAUGGGAGCCAUCAGAUUGGUAUAUCUUUUUUUUAUUUAGGCCGCCAGAUUAGGCGCAAUUUUAAAAAAAUAUUUGAAUAAAAAAAUAUUUGAGCCGCUUCGAUGAGAUGACAAUUCU